ACUUAUCAAAUCCAAGAUGGUGCUUCCAUUAUCGCUGCUUCGGACGGCACAGAAUCAUCCUAUGCUUGUAGAGUUGAAGAAUGGCGAGACGUAUAACGGACAUCUUGUUAGCUGUGAUAACUGGAUGAAUAUUAAUCUAAGAGAAGUGAUUUGUACAUCAAGGGAUGGUGACAGGUUUUGGAAGAUCCCAGAAUGCUUUAUCCGUGGUAGUAAUAUCAAAUAUCUACGUAUUCCUGAUGAGGUUAUAGAUAUGGUUAAAGAAGAGGCCAAGCAGCAGGGAAGAGGCCGAGGAGGAGGACGAGGAGGGCGUGGUGGUCGUGGAGGUGGUGGCGGCGGCGGUGGUGGCCGUGGAUUCAGUGGUCGUGGAGGUGGACAAGGACGAGGUGGAGGAAGAGGAAACAAAAGAGGCGACACUGCUGGCAGAUAGAAUAAAUCUAAAACUCUAGGUAGAAUUUCAGGUAGAUGUCUAUUAAAUGUAUGUACAUGUAUGUACUCCAAAAUGUGUUUUUUUCAAAGACACAUCAGUUUUUCUGGUUUCCUGCUACAGAAACCUAACUUUGUUACUUGCUCAAACUCUAUUUAAGAUACUCUAGUGUAAAUAAUUCAAGACUUGCUUCACUGAAACUAUUUACAACUUUUUUCUUUUUCACUCCAACGAAGGACUAGCAUCCGAAACGUCAGUAAGUUUUUUUAUCUUUUCACAGUGUCAAAUUUCCCCUUUUAUUUUUUGUUUCAUUAGAAACACCGAUGCAGCUCACACUAGUUUUUAGCUAUCUCUUCUUUUGUUCUUUUUUGUCAAGUACUUUGAUAAGUAUAAAGAGUUCAUACUGUACAUUUUUCUAGAUAUACAGAGCUAAAAAUAAUGGCUGCUCAAUGGCUGGACAUUAUGGCUGACCACAUUAGAUUGAUCAACAUCAUGAUCUGUCGAUGUGGUCAGUCAAGAGGAAUGGCUGGAGUGGCAUUAAGCUGGAGUUUCAGACAUUUCUGCUGUUUAUCUGUUAUAUUUAGAGCUCUCUAAUAUUAAGGGGCGUAUUGUAUUUCGUAAAGCAGGAAAAAUGAUAUCUUUUUAGCAUGACAAGAAAUCUAAUUUCCAAACUUUACUUACAAAUACUUACAUGGUGGCCUCAAAACCCUUUUUCUUAAAUAAUGGGGGGGAAAACCAUGUCAUAAACAAGGCAUAUCUGUGAAGGAAGGGUGUGUAAGUGCACUCAAAAAAACCUCGUCUAUCUCCUAGUGAAUUUAAUAAUAGAUUCUGUAGGAAAAAAUCACGAAAAAAGCUUGUUGACAAUUUCUUGAUGGCUCAGUGGACCUGGAAAAGAGAAAAAAAGGUUCAACUUGUCCAUUGCAGGGCUUUCAGAAUGUUAUGGAGUAGUUGUUCACAAGUCGGUAGUAGCUGCCUGUGAUGCCAUAGAUUAAUGAUACAUUUUUAAUAGAAAAGAAAAAAUAGCCAGAAGUUAACUUCAUAGGUACAGCUAGAGCUUUGGCAGCCUCCAGCUUAUUCUCAAAGCCCUGCAAUGGAAAAUUWUUUUUUUUUGCUGCGGUAAGCCAAAAAUUUAAAAGGAACUCAGAAUGAUUACUUUUGAUUAGUGGCAGCAAAAAACGAAUUUGAAUAAUAAAAAGCUGUUUGAAAUGUCUGAGUUCCAGUAAUGUGGAUAAAACUCUUAGAAAAUCCUUACACUCUCUUGAUUCUAUGGACAAACUACUUUUUGUAUUUAAGUUAUUAGAAACGUUUGCAAUAAAAGAUAUAUAUGGCUGUACUGUA